AUGAAGAGCUCGGCGGGGUCGCGCGCGUCCAGGGACGUGGACGUGGAGCUGCUCAAGGCGGUGGCGCAGGCGUGGCAUGCGCAGUCGGGCAACCCGCGGCCGUCGUCGCGGGCGUCGGGAACGGGCGCAAAGGACCCCGCCGGCGGCGCUGGCGCGCGGGCCCGCGCGGGCGCGGCGCCACACCGCCCGUCCCGGUUCAAGCUAGAGGCCAUGGCGGCGGCCGCGGCUCCGGACGCCCGGGCCCGCGAGAGGUCGUGGGACUUCUCGCAGUCGCUGUGGGACCCGUACGAGCUCGUCGCCGUGGCGCGGAGGCUCGAGUCCGGCCUCGUCAUCGCCGACCACGCCGCCGCCGCGCCGCAGGAUGGGAGCGACGCGCGUGGAGCGGGGGAGAAGCGGGGCAGGGAGAGCGGCCGCAGCCUGAGGAACCUGUUCCUUCGCUCCACCUCAAAGAGGUUCGGGUUCGAGGAACCAAGCAGCUAG